CCCUCCUUCCAAUUCCUCCUUCCUCCGAUUCUCCGUCCCCUCGGCCGCCCUCGGUGCCCAGCCCGGCUCCUUCGGGGAUGCGGCAGCUGUGUGCCGGAGCGCUGCCCUGGGAGAGCUGCCCGGCUGAGGGGGCACCGGGGGUACCAUGAGCGGAGGCAGGUUUGAUUUCGAUGAUGGAGGUGCCUAUUGUGGGGGCUGGGAAGGGGGCAAAGCACACGGGCACGGCAUCUGCACUGGCCCCAAGGGCCAGGGUGAGUACUCAGGCUCCUGGAACUAUGGCUUCGAAGUGGUGGGCAUCUACACCUGGCCCAGUGGCAACACCUACGAGGGCUACUGGUCGCAAGGCAAGCGGCAUGGGCUGGGAAUCGAGACCAAAGGACGGUGGGUGUACAGAGGAGAGUGGACCCACGGCUUCAAGGGGCGCUACGGCGCCAGGCAGAGCAUGAGCAGCGGAGCCAAGUACGAAGGAACCUGGAACAACGGCCUGCAGGAUGGCUACGGCACCGAGACCUACGCCGACGGAGGCACCUACCAGGGGCAGUUCACCAACGGCAUGCGGCACGGCUACGGCGUGCGGCAGAGUGUGCCCUACGGCAUGGCCUCGGUGGUGCGCUCCCCGCUGCGCACCUCGCUGUCCUCCCUGCGCAGCGAGCACAGCAACGGCACCCUGCCGCAGGACUCCCCCGCCGCCAACCCCGACAGCCUGCCCCUGUCGCCCACCAUCACCCGUGGAGGCUUCGCCCUCAGCCUCUACGCAGAGGCAGAGGUCGGCAAGCCCAAGAAGGGCGGGGGCCUCUUCCGCAGGGGCUCCCUGCUGGGCAAGCUGAAGAAGUCGGAGUCCAAGUCGUCCCUGGCCAGCCAGAAGAGUCGCGUCAGCUUCCUCAAGAGCGAGAGCGGCAUCAGCUCUGCCGCCAGCGACGCCACCUCCACUGUCAGCCUGGGCGAGGGUGCCGAGGGCGAGGAGUAUCCCCCGUUUGAGUCGGACAUCGAUGCCACCACCACGGAGACCUACAUGGGCGAGUGGAAGAACGACAAGCGCGCCGGCUUCGGCGUCAGCGAGCGCUCCAGCGGGCUCAAGUACGAGGGCGAGUGGCUGGACAACCUGCGGCACGGCUACGGCUGCACCACGCUGCCCGACGGCAAGAAGGAGGAGGGCAAGUACCGGCACAACGUGCUGGUCAAGGGCAUGAAGAAGCGCGUGAUCCCCCUCAAGAGCGCCAAGAUCCGGCAGAAGGUGGACAGGAGUGUGGAGGGGGCCCAGAGGGCCGCGGCCAUCGCUCGGCAGAAGUCAGAGAUUGCUGCAUCCAGGACAGCUCAUGCCAAAGCCAAGGCUGAAGGGUCUGAGCAGGCAGCUCAAGCAGCCAACAACGAAUCAGGCAUAGCCAGAAUGAUGGCCAGGGAGCUCUCUCCAGACUUCUACCAGCCAGGCCCCGAGUACCAGAAGCGCAAGCUGCUGCAGGAGAUCAUCGAGAACCAGGAGCACGCCGUCAACGCGGAGGAGGAGGCUCCGCGGCCCGCGGGCGCUCCGCCGCCGCCCACCCCCCCCGAGAGCCCCCAGCUCCACGAGCAGGACGAAGCGCGGCGCGGCGCCAGCCCGGCCCCCAGCCCCGCCGCCACCCCGCCCGAAGCCAAGCGGGCCAGGGCUGCCCCCCGCCAGGACGGUGCCCUCCGUCCGGGCAGCUGGGCUGAGGCGGGCGGCAGGGCGGGCGGCGGCAGCCCCUCGCCCCCCGAGGCCGAGAGCCGGCCGGCUUCGAGGGGCUGGGCGCGCCCGGCCGAGCAGAUGGAGAUCGGCCCGCUGCAGCGCAUGGCGCCGGAGCCCGACGUGGAUGUCAUCAAGGGCUACCACAGCUACGCCGUCCGCACCUCCCCGGUCUGCCCCGACGAGGACUAUGAGGAGGAGCCGCUCCCCGAGCCCGAGCCGCCCUCCCCGGAGCCCCGGGGGGACCUCCAGCGCCGCGGGGGUACCUCCACCCCGCCGCGGGAGCGGGAGGAGAAGCCCAAGGCGCCGGGGCAGCGCCCCAGCCCCGAGCGCAGGGCCGCCGGCCGGGCCGAGCCCGCUGCCGACAGGAAGAACGAGCCCAGGGCCCCGGCGCGCACGGAGCCCAGGGCGGGCGCCAAGCGCAGCUCGGCCCCGGCGGCGGCAGCGGUGCGGGAGGCGGAGGAGUGCGAAGAGGGACCUAACACAAUCGUGAUCUGCAUGGUCAUCCUACUGAACAUUGGUCUGGCCAUCCUGUUUGUCCACUUUCUGACAUGAUGUGCCCCUCAGACAAGGCAUUGCUGCUGAUGGAGACCAGACCUUGGUGGGGAUUAAAUCUCAGCCACCUGGAAGCACCUAGGAGGAGGACUUGAGAUCCAGACAUUGCACUGCAAACAUCAACCUUAAACAAAAGAGCCUGAGGAUGAUUGCGGUCUCCAUGCUGCCAGGCUGUGGCUCUGUGAUCUCCCCAGGAAGAACCAAGGCUUCUGCCCUUCAGCCUCCUUCUCUUCUUUCUGUAAAAUAGCAGUUGCCUUAAAUUGUUCUCACCAAAGCCAUCAACUGUCCUGCCAUGCCAGGGACGAGGGACGCUUCUGUAGCUGUAGGAACACGACUGAGGAGGUCUUGUGCGUGCACACUGAUGUGUUUUGUGACUCCCUUGGCUAAGUGCCAGAGACUUCCCAAACGGUGUCAUCCAUGGCGUGGGCACGAAGCAGUACACAGCAAGCAAAGUGAAUCGUGGGAGCUGUGCCACGACUAGGGGUGGACAACGCUGCCUGCCAUGCGUGGAGGUCAUCCAGAGGGAUGAGCCAAGUCUUGUCUUUCCCUGUCUUCUGGAGUUGUUUUCCACAGAUGGAAGACUGAAAGGAGGAGCAAGUUGUAAUUGGGCUCGCUGAAGGGUAACCAGUCCUGCCCAUGCCUGCCAAGGUGCCACAGAUGGGGGCCAUGGGUGGGGUGCCAGGGCCUGGCUGAUCCGAGGCUGUUUGUGCAUGUGGGGGUGCUGUGGGUGGGGGUGGUGCCUGUCUUGGGGCCAGGCACCAUCUGAGCACUCUCCGGCUCCCAGCAGCACUCUGAUCAGGAGAGUCUUGCAGUGGGAGACUUCCACUGGCACGGGAGAGGAAAGGAGGGAGCUGAACUCGUGCCUGUAGCCCUGUCUCUGCCAGGGUUGUGAGUGACAGUGGGACAGAGGCACGGACUGCAAAUCCCUCUGGACGCCCGCAGCUUCCUGCCCUUGGCGUGGGCCGCAGAGCGUUCCUGGGAUCUGUGAGCAGGCUUCCCAGCUGGAAGAUUCAGGGUGGAUGCUGUGGCAGAGGUUGCAUUAUUCCUGAAAGACAAAGCGGUGCAGAGACCUGAGGGGCUCUGCUGUGGUUGGGUGCUGGGCUCAGAAGUCACAGAAGAGUCAGGCCUGCAGUGGUGGCAUGGCACAGUGGGCAGCCCUGGCUGUGAUUCUUGUGUGCCAGGCUUAGAGGACUGGUGGAUUUGCACCAAUUCUUCCCAAAGCUGCAGCAGAGAGACCUUCAGAAAAUGUUUCUACUGUGAUUUGCUCUGGUCCUCAGCAGCAUGAGCUUAGAAAGUCAGCACAGAUAGGUUAGGGUUUGGUGUGAGGCUGAGUGCUUGAGCUUCUUUCUUCCUCUCCCAGCAGUGUGCAUUUUCUGUCCUCAUGAAGAUAAUCAGGAAUGCUCUUUACAGUAGGUUGUGCACCUCUGCAUCCUGAAAUCCCCUGAGACUGGGCAGGAAAACUGAGGGUCUGGAAAGAAUGGGGAAAUGAUGAUUUAAGAUCAGAGAGCUGCCCAGUCUGCUCCAGAAGUCAGUCUGAGUGGAUUUCAGAGAUGGGAUAACAGACAGGCAGGGGUUUAUGCUGACCAGAGACGCAGAACAGAACCUGCCUAAUGUAUCUGCUCUAAUCAUGGCAUGAGAGAGUGAGAAUCAUUCAGUACUUCUUUGUGAACCAACUUUAUUUUUUAACCUUACUGAGCUCAGGAACAUUGCCACAGUAGUGAAUCCGUGGUGUUAACUGUGGGAGACGUGAAUGUGAUCCCUUCCUAAGAACCAUGUGGCUGUACCAGUCCUGAGAAAGCUGUGCAGCACCAUCUACACUCCCAGAGCUUGGCAGCAGUUUGCUGCUUUUCUUUUCCCCUUCAGUCUCAGUGUUUUGCAGAUCCCAGGCUCUGUUGCCUUCGAUGCUUUAUCUGUGUGCUGGCACUCCCUUGCCAGCUCUGCAGUUUCCAGAAGCCAACUGCUGUUAUGAACCUCCCUUGAGAGACCUGAGUGGCUGUUAUUUAUCACUAAGCACAAAAGUGAGCUUUCUGAACAACGCUAAGGUAAUUUCCCCCCUCCCCACCCGGUUCC